AUGUCCAGCCUCCAAGAACUGUGCUCUGGUCUGCCCCUUCGCCCCCUCCCUGAGAACCGGGGUCGCUGGGCUGGGGUGCCACAUGCUCCGGUUAGGACUCCCGACCUCAGCCCUGAGGAAGAGCAGCUGGCACUGAGGAAUGCCUUACGCUACUUCCCACCUGACGUCCAGAAGCUGUUGGCCCUGGAGUUUGCCCAGGAGCUACGACAGUUUGGACACAUCUACAUGUACAGGUUCUGCCCCAGCAUUGAGAUGAGGGCUUACCCGAUUGAGCAGUACCCAUGCCGGACACGGGCAGCUGCAGCCAUCAUGCACAUGAUCAUGAACAACCUGGACCCUGCUGUGGCCCAGUUUCCACAGGAGCUGGUGACCUACGGAGGCAACGGGCAAGUGUUCAGCAACUGGGCCCAGUUCUGGCUGACCAUGUCCUACCUGUCGAAGAUGACGGAAGAACAGACUCUGGUCAUGUACAGUGGACAUCCUCUGGGCCUCUUCCCCAGCAGCUCCCAUGCCCCACGGCUGGUCAUCACUAACGGGAUGGUCAUUCCCAACUACUCCUCCAGGACAGAGUAUGAGAAGCUGUUUGCCUUGGGGGUGACCAUGUAUGGACAGAUGACAGCUGGCAGCUACUGCUACAUUGGUCCCCAGGGAAUUGUCCAUGGCACAGUGCUCACUGUGCUGAAUGCCGGUCGGCGGUACCUGGGCAUCGAGGAUUUGGCAGGGAAGGUCUUCGUCACCUCUGGGCUUGGUGGGAUGAGUGGGGCUCAAGCCAAGGCUGCGGUCAUUGUUGGAUGUAUUGGGGUGAUUGCAGAGGUUGACAAGGCUGCACUUGUAAAACGCCACCGGCAAGGCUGGCUGAUGGAGGUAACCAACAGCUUGGACCACUGCAUUGCGAGACUCAGGGAAGCAAGAAAAAAGAAGGAGGUACUCAGCCUCGGCUACCAUGGCAACGUGGUGGAUCUUUGGGAGCGCCUUGUCCAUGAACUGGACACAACAGGGGAACUUUUGGUGGAUCUCGGGUCUGACCAGACAUCCUGUCACAACCCGUUCAAUGGCGGCUACUACCCUGUGCAGCUCAGCUUCUCAGAAGCCCAGAGCCUCAUGUCCUCCAACCCUGCUGCCUUCAAGCACCUGGUGCAGGAAAGCCUGAGGAGACACGUCUCAGCCAUCAACAGGUUGGCCCAGGAGAAGUUCUUCUUUUGGGACUAUGGUAAUGCCUUCCUCUUGGAGGCUCAGAGAGCAGGAGCAGAUGUAGAGAAGAAAGGAGCCAACAAGACGGAAUUCCGCUACCCCUCCUAUGUCCAGCACAUUAUGGGGGAUAUAUUCUCCCAGGGCUUUGGGCCCUUCCGCUGGGUAUGCACAUCAGGGAACCCCCAGGACCUGACUGUCACCGAUCAUCUGGCCACAUCCGUGCUGGAGAAAGCCAUUGCUGAUGGAGUGAAGGCAUCCGUGAAGUUACAGUAUAUGGACAAUAUACGCUGGAUCCGGGAGGCUGCCAAGCACCAGCUGGUGGUGGGCUCCCAGGCAAGGAUCCUGUACUCAGACCAGAAAGGCCGAGUGGCUAUUGCGGUAGCUAUAAACCAGGCCAUCGCCAGUGGGAAGAUCAAGGCACCAGUGGUCCUGAGCCGUGACCACCAUGAUGUGAGUGGCACUGACAGCCCCUUUAGGGAGACUUCGAAUAUUUAUGACGGUUCUGCCUUCUGCGCAGACAUGGCCGUGCAGAACUUCGUAGGAGAUGCCUGUCGUGGUGCCACCUGGGUUGCACUUCACAACGGAGGAGGUGUAGGCUGGGGUGAGGUGAUCAAUGGGGGAUUUGGCCUUGUUCUCGAUGGGACCCCUGAGGCUGAGCAGAAAGCCAGGAUGAUGCUCAGCUGGGAUGUCUCCAAUGGCGUGGCACGGCGUUGCUGGUCUGGGAACCCCAAGGCCUAUGAGAUCAUCUGCCAGACAAUGCAGGAGAACAGUGGCCUGGUGGUGACUCUUCCCCAUGAGGUGGCAGAUGAACAAGUACUACGACAGGCCCUGCGGCUCUGA